AUGACACGACCUGUGAAAGUCGCCAACUGCUCCGGCUAUCAUGGCGAUCCAGCGUUCGAAAUGUACCGCCAGGCUACCCUGGGCGAUGUUGAUUUCAUCACUGGCGAUUAUCUUGCCGAGGUCAAUCUGGCCAAUAACGCCGAGGCAUGGAGGAAUGGAAAACACCCAGGUUAUGAGCCUACUGCCUGGGAUGGCCUUCGACAAACGAUCGAUGUUAUUGCACAAAAGGGCAUCAGAGUGGUGAUUAAUGGCGGUGCUCUGGAUCCCAAGGCCCUUGCGUUCAAGGUGGAGGGAUUGAUCUCAGAAAAGAAGCUCAAUAUUCGCGUUGCGUAUCUCUCCGGCGAUGAUCUAUAUCCAACUCUUGGUCCCAAUAUGCCCACCACAAAAGAGGAACUGCGCCACUUCGAUUCCAACAACACCGCCACGAUGCCAGCGGAGCUCACUUAUGCGUUUCUCAAUAAUGGUGGAGACCCUGUCCCCAUGGUCUCUGCACAUGCAUAUCUCGGAGCUCGAGGGAUUGUCGAUGGUCUACGACGAGGAGCUGACAUUAUCAUCUGUGGCCGCGUGGCUGAUGCCAGCCCCGUUAUUGCUGCCGCUUGGUUCUGGCAUAACUGGUCUGAAAUGAAUUAUGAUGAACUCGCAGGAUCUUUGAUCGCAGGGCAUCUCAUUGAAUGCUCAGCUUAUGCGACUGGGGGCAAUUUUGCGGGCUUCGAUAAAUAUGACCUGGACAAGCUUGUUGCCCCCGGCUUUCCAAUCGCUGAGAUCGCUUCCGAUGGCACAUGUGUGAUAGCUAAACAUCCAGGGACAGAUGGAUUUAUCAACGUGGAUACCAUUCGCUGUCAAUUCUUGUACGAGUUGCAGGGUGACGUGUACCUCAACAGCGACGUUAGCGCCCAUAUCGCUGACGCGCGUGUGGAACAAGCGGGAGAAGAUCGCGUAUCCGUAUCCGGCAUUAGAGGAUCACCACCGCCGUCAACUACAAAGUGUGCGGUCUUCUAUCAAGGAGGAUAUGAAGCCCAGCUUCUUCUCAAUGCGACUGGAUAUGGUACUUCCACGAAGUGGGAUCUUCUAGAAAGGCAACUCAGGCACUUUAUUCCAGCAGAGACCAUGGACGAUCUGGAAACAUUGGAGUUCCAAAGAGUUGGAGUCCCCGCUCAAAACCCGAGCUCUCAGCUAGAAAGCACUACCUAUCUCCGAGUUUUCAUUACUUCUCGAAAUGAAGGGGCAGUAGCUGCCGUGGCAAAAGCAAUGGGAAACAUCUCAUUGAAACAUUUCUCUGAGAUCAAUGAGACAAUCAACUUCAUCGACGAACUUGAUAAGAUCUCCUCGUUCCGAACCGGACACCCACCCCGAUACGAAGAAUUCGGCGUCCGGCGCAACUAUGACCCAGAAGAUUCCCAGAAAUUCUCCGGUGACACUAAAAAAGUACGGCUGGGGGAUAUCGCUCUAGGUCGGUCGGGUGACAAGGGAGGGAAUCUUAACGUGGGUUUCUUCCCCAAUAAUCCUGACCACUGGCCCUGGCUUCGAAAUUACAUGACCAGAGACUGUAUGCGCCAGCUCCUUGGUAAAGUCUGGCAUGAGAGCUUCUUCAUCGAGCGGGUUGAGUUUCCUCAUAUCCAGGCAGUGCACUUUGUUAUUUACGGGAUUUUGGGCCGUGGUGUGAGCAGUUCUAGCCGCCUCGAUGGUUUUGGGAAGGGCUUCUUGGAUUAUGUCCGGGAUAAAUUUGUUGAUGUCCCUGUUGAGAUUUUGAAGGAGUUGAAUGUCAAGCCUUCUCAGUAG